GUUCAUUGAGAAGGGUCUAAGUGCCGAGUACAGGCGUAAUAUUAUUACGUGCAUUUAAUAAUAAACAAUGAGUGAAAAUCAAGUAAACAACCCAAAGCGACGUGCCCCAGGGUCUGAAAAUAAAAAGAAUGAAAUGAAACGACUGAAAUAUAGUGGCCUGGCAUAUCACAAUCGAAGUAACAAGGAUAUUGCUGCUAAGAAGGCGCGAAGUUUUGAGGUAUUUUGUAAAUGUAAAUAUGAGUGCAGAAAAUUGCCCUAUGAGCAAAAAAUAUUUUUAUUUGAAGAUUAUUAUAAAAUAGCUAAUCAUGUGAAGCAAAAAUCUUAUCUGUUGGGACUCAUACAAAUUGGCAGUGUAAAAAGAAGACGGAAAAUAUGAAUCUGCAGAACAAAGUCGCCGACAAGCUACUGCAUGGUACAC